CUCUGUAAACAUUUGAAGCUAGUUUUGCUCAAAAUAUAAACUAAAAUGGAAAGUAUUGAGUUUAUCAAGAAACUUUCCAGCUCAGAAUAUUCAGAAGCUCUGCAAUGGUUCAACAACUUCUGGGAGACAGCUGCAAGCAAUCGUGCUAAAUUUGUUGAAGAAAUUUUGAAAAUUACCUCUGAUUGCCUGCCAAUAUUUUCUCUGCUCAAGAAGAAAACUCUUGGAACAGCCUUGUGCCAAGCUGUGUUUGAUGCCAUUGGAAAUAUUUUGUUCUCAAUUCUCACUGAAUGCCAGGCCAAUGUGGCAAAUGUGGAGCACAUUACACGACUGCUCUUCACCAAGUUCAGCCAAUUCCUGACAACUGCCUUUGAGCUGAAAUGCUCAGGUUCAGUGUUGCGAUGCCUCACAGCUUCUGUAAUGGCUUGCGAGGAGAGUGCCAACAUUGUCAUCGAAUCCCUGGACUGGUCGCUGAUGCAGGUAGCAAUCCAACAACGGAAUCCUGACGUCCCAAUUGAUUCUCGCUCCUGGAGCAUCUACUUCUAUACAGCCAUACUCAACCUCAAGAACUGCCAGCUCACUGAACACUUCUUCAAAUCAGGUGCCUUGCCCUUGAUCUUCCGAGGUCUAAACACUGACCCAUGUGACAGAGUUGUUGCUGUCAUCACAGCCUUGCAUGAGAAAAUCCUCCUAAACCCUGACGUCAAACAAAAAGGCCUCAAAGUUCACAUUUUCAACAGCCUCACGCUUGAACCCAUAUUGAAAAUAAGUAAAUGGACAGGCCCAAAGACAAACAAAAUAUCUUCAAUAACUAUUGAGGAAGAGGAAGAGGAUAUCAAUGUUGAAAACUUAGAAGAAAUUCGUGCAGGCAGAGAGAAAAUAAUUGAUGCCCAAUGUGCAUUUCUAACCACACUGUGUACCUCAUACACUUUCGGUAUUGCGGCUCGUGCAUAUGCGGACCACAAACCCAGCAAUGGCCAUGUCCUAGAUUUGAUUAAAUUGCUUCCAACGACGAGCUUCGUUGACAAGCGCUAUCGGAAACUCAUCGUGGAAUCCUUGGUGGCAUGUCCCGAUAUCCGAAUGCAGUAUGCUGUAGCCAUGAGCUCGCGCCUCAUCAUUGGUCCUGACAAGUAUUUCAUGGGCUUUGUGAAGAUGUACGAGGAGCUCAUCUACCGAACUCAUGCUGAAGCUCUGGCUCGUCGAGGUUUUGAUGCUGUAAAGAAAUUCUUGAUGCCUGUGCCCGUAUCGAGCUACUUUAUUUCCCUCCUUUUGCGUCACAAAUCACAGGACUUGAAACUCAAAUCUUGUGCGUUGAGUUUGAUGUUGAGUGUGCUAAUUAUGGGCAACCGAAUUGUGAAAGCAAUGCACCGGGAAUCGUGGUUUAUUGUAGCAGGUCAAGUAGAGAACUUGAUCAUAGCUUUUGUUGAAGAAUGCAUUCCUGAUAUAAAAUUAGUUUUGGACGUUUGGAAUGAGAUUUUCAAGAAAAACGAGGUCGAGUCUAUGGUCGACUCUCUACUCGUCAUUGUGAAGCUACUUGCACUGCAUUCUCGUCUCCAACUUGCGCCUGAACUGCACAAAGUUGUGAAGCCUGAUCAAAUUUUGGAACAAGUCAGUCAGCUUUCUGUUUUAAACGAGGAACAAAGACUGCCAUUACUUAUCACCUGCAUGCAACUUGCUACUUCAUGUCAGAGUAAGUUCGAUGCAUUCUCAUUGGCUCAGAACACAGAAACUCAGUCAGAGUUGUUCCAGAGCUUCAAAAUGCUCUUCACAAUUUAUCUCGAUUCCAAGAACAUGAUGGAUGAUGAAGAAAAUCGAAGAGAAAAGAUACUGACGCCUUUACUGGAGCACAUCGAGACAUCAUUGGUCAACUAUGGAUUCUUUGACCAAGGAGAGUCAAACAUCGAGUUGUGGCUGGAAGAGCUUGUAGGACGUGGACCCGAGUGCAUUAACUUCUUGUGUGAUUCAAUAGUCACAACCAUAGCUUCUAUGGAACACUUCUCUGACAAGGUUGUUGUCAUAACUAGCAACUCUAAGACAGACGAGCCCUUUGAUUUUAACCGUAUGCUAGACGAAUAUCCUGUAGAACUUCUCAUCAAAGAUAACACCGAUAUUUCUGUUUCAAACAUUGACUUGUCCUUCUCGAGACUAAUUCUUGGGAACUUGGCCGUGUUGAGCAAGGCCCCAACUGCCGAAGUGACAGAAUACUUUUCUGUUGUGAUACAGCGAUACAUUCGCCUGCUCCCGGACCCUCAGGUUCUAGUGCGCUAUCUCAUGACAGAUUGCGAUAUCGAAAUGCCAGAUCCACUGAUGCAAUGUUGCCGCUGUUGGCUCGGUAAAAAGCCCAAGCGCCCUAUUCCAGAAAGUGAUGGGGACACGUUUUCUACCAAGUUGAGCAAUAUUUUCUUCGCCAAAAACUUCAGCGCCGUUGAUGCUCUUAUCUCUGAGACAGCUUUGCCUGAAACUUUGAAAGAGAGAAAAGAAUUACUUCGAUCCUUACUGACUUACAUACACGCGGAUACGUCUGAAAAUUCUUCGGUUGCUAAAAAUGCUUCACCCGCGUAUGCAAAGCUGCUUGAACACGUGAUGCGCUCCACAGUCGAAGACUUCAAGGAAGAAGCCUCCAAGUUGAGCAUCUUCAGUGUUGCAUUAGAUCAUCCUGCUCUCAUAUCCAGAUACAGUAUUUUCUCCAGUGACCCUCUCCAAUCAAUGGCUACUCACUUGCUCACUGAACUCUUUCAAGAGAAGACGAGUAACCUCAAGAUAAUGACUCCUUAUUUCAAGAAAGCUUGUGACCAACUACAGUCUCGAAUCACCUUAGAAAACUCACCGGGUGAAAUUGAUUUCAUGUUUCCAUUCACUCCUUUCUUUUUGGAUGGUCUUUUUACAUGCGCGUCUCUCUCAUCGCUCCUUGAUAUUAUUUCAUCGGCAUCUGAAGAGUAUUACUCAAAUGACUCGUUUGUUGAACUUGCAUCUAAAACCGUGACCGAGCUUAAACAGAAAAGCUCGUCCCUCAAUUUACAGGACCAACGCUGCCUAAACCAACUCGCUAAAAGACAUCUGAUGAGCUUGUGCCACGUCAUCACCGAUUCUGACGGUCCAUCUUACGCUUUUGUCGCCUUCCUGAAGAACUUACAAAGUCUUUUGGCUGUCACCUUGGUGCCUGCUGAUGCUGAAACUAUUGAACGCGGUGCGUUGAAGUGGAUGUUUUCCCUGUCAAAACACUUGGGCAGCGAUUUGCUGCUUCAAACUAUGAAGCUUCAUCCUCCUCACGCUUCGUUCGUUGUUAAAAGAUUGAAGAAGACACUUUGGUUUCCCUCCCAUGCAACGUUGUUGCUGGAGCUUUUCAACGCUUGUGAGGACGAAACUUCCCCUUUUCAUACGCUGGUUGACCACGAGUUAGUAACAGCUAAUCUGGCUGCUGCGAAACCUUUUGUGGUGGAGUGGUUGAAGGAUUACGAUGCUGAACAAGAAAUGGGCUAUACUGGCCUCACUACUAAACUCAUCGAUGCAGGACUCAUUGAUCCCAGCGAAGCUGUGUCUGUUGUCAAAGUUAUCUACCCUCGUAUUAUGGAAGGCGAGAAUCCGCCUCUUCAUUUAGCGUCAGUGUGCGCUGUCUGCUUGACUCUGAAAGGUCAUAAGAAAGAGAGCCGCCUCCCAAACCCUGAUGCUUUGCUGACAACUGUGCACAUGAUUCUAUGUUGUCUGGAGCGUUGUUGCCAUCGAGCUUUGCGAGAUAAACUCAAACCUGAACAACGACAAAUUCUGACUGAGAUGAUGCUUCUGCUGAACGAUUUGUUGCCUCGCCUCUCGCGGAGGUCGCGAGAAGCUAAGGCCGAUACUGCACUCUGGACAAAAUUCUCAAAAAAAGUCGCAAGAAGUUGUCUACGUGACAACAACAAUCACGUUGAGGAGAGCGCUGCUCUACUCGGCUGCCUGCCUGAUCUCUGCACGUGGCAGUUCAGUAACGCAGAAGACUCCCAGCCACCUGCUGACCUGGUCAAACUUUUUGUGAACAAUCCACGGUUCCAGAAAAUAAUGGGAGAAGCAGAGAUCGAGGAUCAACUUGUAUUGAAAGAGAGAAUCUUGAACUUGCUGUGCGUGCUGCAGAAGUUGUGUCCUGCAGUGGCUCUACAAUAUCCUGCCAGCAGCCUGCUCACUGCCUACCACGCCACUACAGGCUUGGCUGACCAAGCUGCUCUGCAGCUCUUGAAGCAGUACGAGGACUCGGGCUACAUGGAAGACUUGCUGCCGGUGGUCUGGGGAGCGUUCGCUAGCCGCUAUUUCAGCAGCGCUGGCGACGUGCCGGUCUUCAGGGAGCCUAAGCCAGAGCGCAUUAUUGAGAACCUUGACUUGAAAGUUCUCGUCAAUACCUGCCUCAAUUUCGACGUCUUCAUGAGCGCAAGAUUUGACGUGCGUUGUCGAGAGCCAGAGAAGAAUAGAGGCACGUUGUACGACCUACGCUUCCUCAUUCCUCUGUUGAUAUUCGUCACGCGCAGCUUCAUCGACGCUCAAACCCAGCCAACCCAUCAGGUGCUGCCUUUACUGGUAGCUGUGGGAAUAGCAACGAUGUCAGCUCAAGAAAGGAGCAUCAGAGGCUUGGGUGCAACGUUACUUAGGGCCUUGCAAAAACUCGUGCCGGGCUUAACUCCCGAGUCGGUGCGCUUGUACUGGACGUGGCUGAUAGACAUCGCACGGCACACCGUCGCCGCGUCUGCCGUGGCCACCAAGUCAUCGUAUGAGAAGAUGAGCGCAAGAAGGCCGCGCUCCUGCGCCAAGUUGCCUCUCGCACAUCAACAAGCUGCAGAAGAAAUUGAUGACUCAGCCAGACCCAGUCAACGGAUGGUGGCCGUCGACGUGACCUCCUUCCCACUGCCAGGACCGAUGUGUCGCUUCCUGGUGGAGGCAACGCUCUGUAGCGACCAUGCUGACCAUCCCGUCUUCCCAGCUCUCAUGAACUACCUCUUCCUAUUCCCCCAUCUCAGGCCCCAAACAUUCCCGGAAAUGCUGCGUCUUUAUAACAGCAACAGCAUCUCCGAGGCCGCGUCCGAGCGACUGUUGUUCCUGCGCUUGAUAAGUGAAGGCAUUAAAACAGAAGAUGAUUAUUAUUUUGUGGAAGCUUCCAAGGCGCCGAUGCAUGUCAUGGCACUUCUGCACUCAGUUACUGUGCCACCCGUGCUGAUGUUGGAUGUUCUCGCUGCAGUUGGAGGAAUGUGUUCCACUCCGUACGGAGCUAACCGCCUGCUACGCCAUUACGAGCUGCUCCACCUGCUGCCCAACAUGCUCAGCAAAUGCUCGGCCACGAGUAAUGUCAAGCGCAGCCUUGUGAGCGCGACAGUGGACGUCCUCAGCACCGCCUGGUACUGCCUCACACACGCGCAAGAGUUCAGGAGGCGUAGGAGGGGCUUACUGCACUUGGAGGCAAUUGGUGACGCUGUCGAGGAACAGGAGGAUGCAGAGUAUUUAGAAGAUGAUUUUUAUGAUGAUAAUUUGCAAGAAGAAGACAGUGACGAGGAGGAGAAGUCAAAACUCAAGAAAAAACGAAAGCUGGAAGCCAAAAAAUAUGCUUCAAAGAAAAUGAAACAGAAUGAUGGCAACGCUGUAGUUGUUGGACAAGAAAUCACCUAUAAAAGAAAUAAUUACAUCGAUGUUUACUUCUUGGCAGAUUUUGCGCAAUGUUUGGAUACCAUCGCUGAUGAUGUCUACAAUUCAAAGAGCAGCGCCUUAGCACUGACGAAAUUUGAAGAGCUGAAAGAAAAGUUCAUCUCCUUCGCCAAGUCAUGGCAGUCAUCCGUUUCCGGUGCUGCCUUGCAGAUAUCAAUAGAAUCUUUACUCAAGCGCAAAUUACGAAGUCCAGAAAGUGACGAUGAAAUGUAAAUAUAUACCGAAUAAAAGUAGUCUGUUUUUUUUUGGCAUUGUAUCCUAUUUUCAUGAUUAUUGAAAUAUGUAAGUUGGUAAAACUAGAAUUAGUCAUCGAAAAAAUUGCUCAGCAAUUAUUAACAUUAUUUCGGUUUAAAUUCACUGCAAUAGAUCUUAAAAGAGUUAUGAUGUACUAUCAUGUCUAGGAAGUCUAUGUUGGGAGUUUAAAUCCUUCUGAACAAGUAAGGCUUUAUCAUUAUAAUCGUUUUACCUCUUGUU